AUGCGCUUCUCCGCCCUCACCACCAUCUUCGCCUCGUCCGCGGUCCUCGCCGCCACUAUCCCCGGCACCGCCCCUGCCGCCCACGAGCUCGAGGCCAGGCAGCGCGACGACGGCCCGUGCAACACGCCCGGCACGUACCGCUGCUGGAUCGACUUCGACUCCUUCGACAUCAUCCAGGUCUGCGCCGCCAAUGGUCAGUGGGCCACGAGCGCCAAGUGCGGCCUCGCCCACGGGUGCUGCUCCGAGAGCACGGACGGCAACAGGGCCUGGUGUCGUUGCUGA